GUUCACGCAAAUUACAUGACAUACACUUCUUCGUCCUUUUUAUUUUCGAACAAAUCUGUGAGCGGAAUAUGUUUUCAAAGCGUCUAGUUUUGAGCCAGAGAGGCUGUCGUGCGGCGUUUUUCGGGCUUCAGAAUGUUCAAAGAGGCUUCGCUGCUUCUUCAGGUAUAGUUCUAUGCUCUUUUUAGACUGGUUUUUCAGACUGGUUGAAGGUCGGCCAAACGUGCACGACCUCUUGGGGUUCGGCAGUCACAAUUCCUUACAAGAUCGAACGUAUUAGAGGAACGUUGUUGACAGAGAUGAGUUUAAAACUAACUCUGGGUUCAUAGAAACUUCGUAUGCAACGAAAGCUAGGUAAAGUCCUUGUAUAUGCGCAGUUGUUGUUAAAGCACUAGAGCUGAAAUCAAAUUCAAAAUUAAGCGCUUACUUUAAAGGAAGUUUCGGUCAUCGGUGGUCCUCGCAAGCCUUUGAUUCUAGAGAAAAACAUCGUAAUUGCACUACCGAAUCGGUACAGAUGGGAGAGAGAGAGCGAAUUAAACAGAUUAGUAAUGGUGAUAUGAUUUAGUGGAGUUUAGUUCGGUCCGUGAUAUAUGAAUGAUCAUUCCACGACUGUGAAGCGGCAGACGACCGAUUUAUCAAUCACGAGUAAGACUAUUGACAGAACUGGACGUCUUAUCAACAGUUAAUCAAAACUAUGUCAAAAUUUGACAUGUAAACAAGCCAUCGAGCAUGCUAUUCCAUAAAUGAAACAACCGUUCAAUUGGCUAAAUUAGCGGCAACAGCGCACACACGACGUGUACUGUCCAAUUCUAUAUGUAGAAGCAUGAUGCGAAUAUUUUCCAAUUACAAUGUUCAGUUACAAGCAUGAUGGUCCUAUAUUAAUAAUGGUGACAGGACUGAGUGCAGUCUGUAAUCAUACAAUCAUACAAGUGUUUAACAAAAUUGGAUGACCCCAACGGUCACUUACACCCAUAACACAAACAUUGUCCUUUAUUUGCUAAUGGCACAGACUAAGAGGAGUCCAUUUUGGUAUCUCAUGAUACAUUUACUAGUGAUUAAGGCUAGCAGGGACUGCUUCAGUCAAAUUAAAAGCUUCAAGGAAUCACAAAAUUUCAUUUUAUAUUUUGUCAAUUGUCCAUAUAAACUUGAUUCAAGGGAUGUCUGUACCCGGUAUUUGAACUUUUGAAAUUAUUAAGGUAAUUCUAGCUGUUUCAUUGCUACAAUAGAGAGUCACUCCCUGGUAUAACAUGGGCUUAUUUUAAUUUAAGAGAGUGACCUUCAGGUAUGCAUGCAAGUCAUGUAUUGUGGCACUGUUUUUUCAUUGGUUUGAAUUUCGAUUCAUUUUUGCAGAUGCAAGGUUUUGUUUAUCUGUGAGUCUAGUGACUCUGAACUGAAGCAAAUUGCAAGUCAAACAAUAUGUGAAAUUAAAUCAAACAGCACAGAAAGUUUCAUUUUGAGAUUUAAGAACAAUGAUAGUAACAAAUAUUUGUUUGGGUUCCUAGGACCUCUACUGCAAAAGACGGCACCUCUUGAUCCAGGACUGGGAAUGCCACAAUGUGAUUAUGAACCUGAACAGUACCAGGUGGUACACAUUAAAUUAAUCUUAAACCAUACUUAGUAUAGUUCAGCUCUCACCAUGCCAAUGGAGACUGUAGUUCUAAGUCACAAAGACAUAUCUGGAGUUAAUUUUUUUUUUACCUGCAAAGGAUGAGCAACAAAUCAAUCUUCAAAGUUGAAUAGCAAGUUGAGAAGCCUUAGGUUAAAGUCUCAAAAGUAAUUUAAUGUGUUGAAAAGGCCUUAAAAUAAGCCUUCCAGGUGGGGAUUGCUAAAAAAAAGUUAAAACAUAUGGCUUCUCUGCCCUAUUAAAGACAAACUUGUUAAUUAGGCUUUACUUUCAGCAUUCCAAGUGUUUUGAAUUUGUAGAGAACUCAUUGGGAUCUAUUUGUCUUUUCAUUAAAUUGUGUAUAUUUAUCACCUUUGUUUGAGUGAUAUGUAUGUGUAUGUGUGAACUCUACUGUUACUUUUUUAUUCCUAAGAUCUCAUUAAUAAUUCUCUUUAAUGUCUGCCAUAUAAUUCAUAGGAUGUUAGUUUGGAGAAUUUGUAGUUGGAUCAACUACAAAUUUCUCUUUAUUCUCAUCACUUGUCUGCUUGUCUUGAAUUGAUAUUGUAAGGAGAAAUUCUUUCUUGGUCACUCAUGCAAAUUAAAGGGGUGAUCAACACGUAAAUUCUCAAUUUUGAUAUGCUCUCAGGCAGACAUGUAAUGAGAAUUUAUAGUAUGAAUCAAUGAUAGAAAAUAGCUUUGAUGUAACUUUAAAUUAUUAAAUAAAGGUGUGUUUGUUUGCUCUGAUUUAUCAGGGAAUCUCAUUUGAACAUGCUAAAGAAGUGAGGAAAACCUAUCUGAAUCCAGCUUUGUUUUCAUAUUACAAGGAACCAGUGUUUAUUUGCAAGGUACAGUUAUGGAUUUUCACAGAUAUACUCAAGUCAGGACAGCACAUUGUUAUUGUGUUUCCUUACCACACCCCAAUUAAUCAUGGUCCUUUUUAGAAAAGAAACUCUCAUGACGAGUCUCAUGAAACUUUGUGAAGAUGACAAGCACUUGUAAAAUUUUUUUAGCUACACCCUAUAUACUGGUCAGGAAUAAAUUUGAUCAGCUUAUUCAGGAGAACCCUGAUUUGCAUGUAUAUCACAUACUUUUAUUGCCUAAAGUGUGUGAUUCCCAAACUAGUUUCUUUUAAGACCUGGUUAGUUGAUCACCUUACAAUAAUCUCCCAGAAAAUGAUAAUUUUUGAGGGACAGCUAGUCCUGGCAGAUUACCCCACCUAACUGUGGUUAUUUCAAAUGCCACCACUCACUGAAUUAAAUAAUUGUUAUUAAUUAUAAAAGAUCAUUUAAUACCCAACUGCAAUAAAAAUUGCCCUAGACUUCUUAACAUGUUGUGAUUUUUAGGGUCACAUGCAGUGGCUCUGGGACAGUGCUGGAAAAAGAUACUUGGAUUUAUUUGCUGGUAUUGUGACAGUCAGUGUAGGACAUUGUCAUCCGUAAGUUUUGGUGAAUUGUUGAAUUAUCUUAGAAAAUUAACUGUAGACAGUAGUCAAGACUGGUGCUUGCUUACAUCUUCACUCCCUGAGGCACAACCAAAAAAAUGAAGUUCUUCUGAUGAUAUUCAUGUGUUUUUAAGCACUGAAAGAUGAUGGUAUGGAAGGGAAAUAUCAUUGAGGGGAUAUCAUUCAAUUUCUCUGAUCUACAUUAAAUUAACAGAAAUGUGUGGUAGAGAGUACUGAGAAUUAACUUUUAAAUCUUGGGUAAGAAAGGGUUAAGAUAAUUUCUAGUAGUGGGGUUAUACAAUACAUUUAAUCUUGUGCUUAAUAUAUAUCUCCAUGUCUGAAUAGUCAGGAAGCUCUCCAGUUUAUGAUAGCUGAUAAAAAUAUCUGUUGUUCUUCAGUCAUGUGACCAAAGCUGCAAAAGACCAAUUGGAUAAAUUGUGGCAUACGACUAACAUAUAUUAUCAUCCAACCCUCCAUGAAUAUGCAGAGCUUAUGGCAUCAAAACUUCCUGGAAACCUUAAGGUAAACUGAAACUAGGGUUUUUAGAUAAUAAAUAGGUUCAGUAAAUUUUGGUUGUUCAGUACUUAGUAUUUAAAUGAAAGGGGUCUCUGAGAAUAUUAGAAGGUAAUGGGGUUGGGUUCAUUAGAGCCAGUGUAGAUAUCCUGUUAAUAAACAAUUUGCAACAUCUAACAAUGUUUCCCUCAACUUCAGUGAGUUCUAUUUUAGUGUUGUAACUCUCAUUGAAUGAGAUACAAUUCUGUAAAGGGUUUCGUGGUUUCCUGAAAUGUUAAAUGUCAGGAAAUUGGUCAAUUAAUUAUCCAUUUAUGCAUGAUCACUCUGAUAAGACUCACAAUGUCAAUUAAUUUAACACUGAAUAUUCAACUUAGAAGGAAUUUAGGCAGCCAAACUUUAUUUUUCAGUGCAUCCCUUAAUCACUGUUUUGGUUCAUUCAUUAAUUCCAUUUUUAUUUGAUUGUGUCUUUGUAAGUUUAUUUUUAUUUUACAAAGUGUGAUCUAAUCCAACCCUGAGAUUUUUUUAUGACAGACUCUUCCUUUAAUUGCCUGUGAUGUUACAACUAGGAAGAUAUUGUUGUUUACUAUGAACAAGGCAGAUCCAUAGCUCUCUUGAGCUACAGUGUAGCUAGUCAGGUUAUUAGGUAGGGAAAUAUGCUUUGAGCCUUUUUUUCCUUUUAAAAAUAGACAGUGUGUGACUGUGGUAAAUAAUAUCAUUGAACGAUGCUGACCAUGACUGAUUUGUGUCAAAAUUUCAAAGGCUUGUAUGGUGUUUUAUUGAGUUGCUUGACAUUUAAAAUCUUCUACCUUUGACUAUUUGAGUUGUUUUGCCCACUGACCAAAGGCAAACAACAUCCUCUAGCUUAGAAAGAUUAUUAUCAUUGGGCUUGAAGACAAAUAAAAAUGGCAUUUACUACUUCUGUUCAAGCAAACCUGCGAGAAUGGCAGGAUCAAUAUGUAAUGCCCUAAAUUUUUGUGCACAGAAGUAUGUACAUAGUGUAGUUCAAGAGAAUCACCUUAAUUGUCUUGCUGUAGUUAUACAAUAAUUGGGAUCCAAAUUUUAUGUACAUUUUAUUUUUUCAUUUUAGAAUUUGCAGGAAGUUCUUUCUUUUUCACCAGGUGUGCUACUUUGUAAACAGUGGCUCAGAAGCUAAUGAUAUGGCCAUCAUGAUGGCAAGAGCUCACACUGGAAACUUUGAUUUCCUUUCUCUCAGGUAAACUGUGCAGUGAUAAACACUAAUAAAAACUCCCAAGAUCUGAUUUUCAACUCUCCCCUCUAACUGAUACACAUUUCCUUGCAAAUUAGUUACAAGAAUUUGGUGUUAAUUCAAGAAAACCAUUUUCUACGUAAUAAGUUUGAGUAUGCUCAUUAACCAUUUACUGGAAAAUUUAUGGAAAUUCUAGGGAGAAGUUACAUGUUAAUCACUUUUGGGAGUUGAAGGGUUGAAAGUGAUGACAUAGCAUUAGAAAUGGUUGACCUUUUAAACUCACAACAUAAUAAUGAUUGUGAUAAUUUCCCUUUCAACGUCUUCAGCCAUGCUCUUAGCUCAUCAGGGACAUCUACCGACCCCAAACUUAGUAACAAAAAAAGGAAAGAAAUCACCUGAUGUGUUCAAUAUAUGGAUAUGUUGAUUUGAACUGUGUUGAAAUUAGCAGGAUUCAUUUGGUUUCUUUUAUGGCUUUGUAAUAGAAAUGCAUAUCAUGGUGCCAGUCCAUACACUCUGGGAAUUCUUGCUCACAGCACAUGGAAACUCAAUGUCCCCGUGGGAUUUGGAUAUUUUCAGGUAAAUGGCAAAAAGAAGUUACAUGUAAAUGUAAUUUGGUAACGUCUACAGUUUUUGUUUCAAUGUCAAUAUUCUCAACUCCUUCUGCUCAGCUGGGUUGUAAUGUUUUUAAAACGCUUAUCUCCCCAGACUAUGAACCCAGAUGUGUACCAAGGACCCUGGGGCGGAGCUAACUGCCGUGACUCAAUAGCGCAGGUUGAUGGGAAUUACCGCAGUGUUUGGUGUAACUCACUUUAUCAUUGUUUCAUUGUCCAUUCCUGUUCAAUUCAUUCAUUCAUUCAUCCAUCUACCAUCUAUUAAUUCAUUCAUUAAUUAGUUCAAUUUUUCGUUUCUCGUGCUUCAUUCGUUUGUUAAAUCCACUCGUUUAUUUAUUUAUCUCUAAUUUAUUAAAUUUAUUUAUUCAUUUAUCGACAGACGGACAGAACAUGUAAUUGUGCGGCAGGUAAACCUUUCUUGAAACAAACGAAAAAAAUUCUAUCAAUAGAUAUGUGUGAGGAGCUUUUUCAUUUUCGAUGAAGUGAUGUCGAGUACACCAUCUAACCAAAACAUUUGUAUCAAUACAGGUCAGUGUAUGGCUUCCAAGAUGUAUGUUGAUCAGCUGAAAGAUGUCCUGGUGCAUUCGACUUCAAAAAAGGUUGCAGGAUUCAUAGCUGAGCCUAUUCAGGUUAGAAUCCUUUUCCCAACUUCUGAGUCGUUUAUGUAGUAGUUAAGAACAUUUUCCGACUUGACAUAAGAAAAUUUUGCAUGUAUGACGUAGAUGUGUGGAUACCAGCGCCCCAUCUGAUUGGUUCUUUCUUGCGAAGCGUAAGCGAAAAUCAUACUACAACCAAUGGCAGUUCUUUAUAAAAUCACGUCAUCAGUGGAGAAUUUUUGAACAUUUUGGUCUUAUUUUGAGCAUGUAACAUAUGUAGGUUCUUAAGUUAAGCGACGAUUUACUCGAGUGAGACAUAAAAUUAUAAUAUGGUAGAUAAUUUAGUGUUAACAACUGAGUUAAAAGCGUAAAUUGGCCACCGUAAAGAGUUAAAAGGCUGACGUUUAGAGCGUUUUCGUCAACGCGAUUGACGCUUUGCCGAAGGGCUAACGCUCGAAAUGUCAGCUUUUAAACUCUUUACGGUGGCCAAUUUACGUUUUCAACUCGGUUGUUAGCACUAAAUUACCUGCUAUGCUCUCCCACCGACGCAGCACUAUAGAAACUUACUCUCUUGAGAAAUUAAUGUGAUCUCUUCAUUAGGGUGUCGGAGGUUCCGUUCAGCUUCCCAAAGGUUUCCUGAAGGGUGCAUACGAGCUUAUACGUGAAAGAGGUGGUGUGUGCAUAUCAGACGAGGUACAGGGUAACUUUUAUUUCUUCAUAACGUAUGCGUUUCGUCUAGCCACUACUUUCCGAGAGAAGUGUUUUCUUAUCUUUUGUUUUUUGGGUAUGCGUAGGUUCAGACUGGGUUUGGUCGUCUUGGCAGCCAUUACUGGGGUUUUGAAACCCAGGGUGUUGUUCCAGAUAUCGGUAAGAUUUUAAAGAGAAACAUUGAUUCUCUGGCUACAAGUUUUUUCCCUUCUCCCUCCCCAUUAAAAUAUUUGUUGACUUGACAAGUAGUUAUACAAAGCGGGUACUGACUCAUUUUGAAAUUUCACAUGGUCUCUUUGUGAAAUUCAAAUACAUUUUGAAUACAUCUGAAUUCGUGUGGGGAAAUAACACAAAAAUAGUUGGAGAUCGUUUGCAUGAAGAACUGAACUCAGACUGUCAUACUCUUCUCAUUUAUAAAGACAAUUGUUACAGAAGAAAAAAUCAAGGCACUUUUCUUUGCGAGAAGAUACAAUAUUGAUAUUUGAAAAAUCUUCACACAAACAGUCAACAAGAUUGAGUGGUUGAUUCAGGCGUGAUGAUGGGUGAUAAAGCAAAGGCAUGACUUUCAAUUUCACACACUGUAACUUGUGACAUUUUAAAAUAUUUUAAAAACCAGCGUAAAUGACUUUGAACUUCACAGAGUGACAGUUGCGUGAAAUGUAGUUGAAUCUCACGGAGAGAUCCUGUGAAAUUUCAAAAUGAGUCAGAACCCGCUUUUUAUAACUACUUGACAGAAAGUCUUCUGAGAUCCGCAUAAUAAGUGAAACUCCGGAAGUUUACAACCUCGUCCAUAAAAUGCUUUGCUUUCGAAAGAAUGGUACAAAUUGGACGGGAAAGGACCUUAUUUUGCGGUGGAUUUACAUUUGUUUUCUAUCUCUUUUUUUGAUUAGUAACGAUGGCUAAAGGUAUUGGAAACGGUUUUCCAAUGGCCGCUGUCAUCACUACACCAGGUAGGAUUUGCAUACAUUAGUUACCAUCAGAUAGCGUGAAAGGUGGAUCUUUUUCCCCUUCAUUGCUUAAUUUGAAUGCCCGAUACCCUCAAAAUUCGUAUGUAAUUUCUUCCUCUUCUUCAGAAAUUGCCCACAGUUUUGCCCAAGCCGUUCAUUUUAACACAUUUGGUGGAAACCCUGUGGCUUCAGCAGUAGGAAAAGCUGUAUUAGAGGUACUGCCCCAGGAAGUGUUCCAAUUUGCGACUGAGACUGUUUUCGCUGUCCUUAAGAGAUGUGUUUUCGAGUUUCUAACAGCUAAUUUACUUUCAAUGGAAGAUUUACUUUCAUUGGCCAAUAUUUAGCUGAAUAAAGUCUAUUUCAAUUCUGAUUGGUCAGAAAUGUACUGCGGCGGGUGGUUCCUCAGAUUUCCCGCCUUUUAAUGAUGCAUGCGCAGCGGAUGGAGUCUGCUAUUUGCUUGUUGUUACGUAGUCAGUUUCGGAUCGGCACGAGAUCCCUUUUUAACUUUCCUUGUUGAGUUGUUGAUUCUUCAAUCGGAUUUGCCGGAGAUGUUUAUCGAAGUGAAUUUUUUUUUCGUAUUUCUUUGCUGUAAUUUCUCUUUAACCAAAGAUUUGACCAAGCAGCCAACUUUUUCUUCCCUAAGGCUAUUGAUGAAGACGGUGUACAAAAGAACUGUGAGGUCGUGGGAACAUACUUCUUAGAAGAACUGCUUCAACUUAAGAAAGAGUUCCCGGAUGUAAUCGGUGACGUCAGAGGGAAGGGUUUGAUGAUUGGCGUUGAGUUUGUCACAGAUAAGGUGAGAGUUCAAUUUAUUCCCCAUUAUUUGGGUGGGAAUACGAAUCAUUCUACGGUCUUAAACAUUUAAGAACACGAAGAUCGUUUCAAUUUCCUAGGAAUCAAAGACACCAUUGCCUCCCGAGAAAUUCGUCCCAAUCUGGGAAGAUUGUAAAGACAUGGGAGUUCUUGUCGGAAAGGGUGGACUGUAUGGAAAUGUGAGUAUUCACUUUAGAGAUAUUAAUAUCAUCCUUGUCCUUUGUCUUUGUCGUUGCUUUGAUAAUUUAGUUUUGUUCCCAUUAGACGAGUAUCACUCUCGUUAUACGUUGAUUCGAAUUCAAAUAAUUUCUGGUACACAGUGCCUGUCUUAUUCUUCUCUUCUUUAAGUCAUGGCAUCUGCUGUAUGACAGCGCAACUCAUUUUGUUGCCCGCCCUCACGCACGCACGCACGCACUUGUCUUCCGCACUGGAAGAACGCGCGUCUCUCAAGGGUUUAAACAAAUGACUUCCUUAUUUUUCAUAAGAAUUUAGUUUUUCAACUGAUGGGUGUUUCAGUAAUUAUUGUGCUUAAAUUCAGACAUUUUUUAAUAUUUUUUUGCCUUAGGUAAUGCGUAUUAAGCCCCCAAUGUGUAUAACCAAAGAGGAUGUCGACUUCGGAGUUGCAGUUAUUCGUGCGGCCUUGUCCAAGUACUCGCAUAGCAAAUAAAUAACAAUCGUUGGACUUUUUACGACUACUGUUGGCACCAAUAGUACCUCUGAAUAAGUUGACAUGCCACACCGACUUUACUACAUUCGCAGUAUAGAAUAUCACAACACCGUUCAAGUAUCCCAAUGAUCUGUCAUGUUGUAAAACUAUUUUUUAGAGAAUAUUCGUGAAUGAUAAUAAUUGCCAGUAAAACACGAGACAUCCUGAUCGCAUUGAUAAUCAGUGGGUCCGUGGGUUUUUCAGAGAUCGAUUUUGGGGAUAUUGAGUGUCUUUAACUCUUUUAACACCUAGAAGUGAUGAACAUGUGACUUCUCCCGAUAAUAUCCAUGCAUUAUUAAGGAAACACGUUAUGGAAAAACUCAGACUUAUCAGAUAGAAGUGGCUUUCUUGAUCUAACACCGAAUUAUCGUGACUAAGUGACACAGAAAUGUGUAGCAGCUAGAGGGGAGAAGCAAUAUCAGAUCUUGGUAGUUGUAGGGUUAAAUGCUUCUUAAAAUCAUGGCAAUGCCUCACAUCAAGUGGACGAAAGUGAUUUACCUACAAAUGGUUUCAACGUUGGGUAAUCAAUAAAGAACAUUGAAUCUAUCGCAC